AUGGAGGCCGAUCUUCCAGUACCCCUCCAGCAGGUCGCACCAACGGGCGGAGCUACAGUUCUAUGUUGCAACUGUGGUGUCCCUAUGGAUGGGACUUCCGGCAUGGCAAUGUGCUAUGAUUGCAUCAAAACCACUGUCGAUAUCUCCGAAGGCGUCCAGCGAGAGGCAACUCUUCAUUUCUGUCGAGGUUGUGACCGCUUCCUUCAACCGCCACAGCACUGGAUUACUGCUGCUCCCGAGUCUAGAGAAUUGUUGGCACUAUGUUUGAGAAAAUUGAGGGGUUUGAAUAAAGUUAGGAUUAUCGAUGCCAGUUUUAUUUGGACAGAGCCGCAUAGUAGACGUGUGAAGGUUAAGAUUACCGUACAGCAAGAGGCCUUUGAGAAGACAAUUUUACAACAGUCCUUCGAGGUUGAAUAUGUAGUAGCUUAUCAACAAUGCCCGGAUUGCGCCAAAUCGUAUACCGCCAACACCUGGAGAGCAUGCAUCCAAAUGCGACAGAAGGUCUCGCACAAGAGGACAUUCCUCUGGCUAGAACAGUUAAUCCUUAAGCACAACGCCCAUCGUGAUUGUAUAAACAUCAGAGAAGUCAAAGAUGGUCUUGAUUUCUUCUUCCUCCAGCGUACCCAUGCCCAGAAGAUGCUCGACUUCUUAAGCUCGGUAUCUCCUAUUAAAACCAAGAAAUCCGAAGAACUCAUCUCCCAGGACAUCCAUACCUCCACCAAGAGCUUCAAAUUCACAUACUCUGUCGAGUUAAUCCCCAUUUGCAAGGACGAUCUCGUUGUUCUUCCUAUUAAAAUGGCGAAGAGCUUGGGAAAUAUUAACCCGAUCGUUUUGUGCAAUAAAGUUGGGAAUGCGACACAUUAUAUCGACCCUAACACUCUCCAAACUUGUGAAAUUGCGACACCAGUUUACUGGCGUGCGCCAUUUGGAAGUAUUGCAGAUGCAUCGGUAUUGACGGAAUUCAUUGUUCUUGAUAUCGAACCACUUGGACCUACAAAAGGCCGUCACGUCCUGGCGGAUGCCACAAUCGCGAAAGCCAGUGACAUGGGUGUAUCCGACACUACCUAUCUGAUACGCACACAUCUCGGAGCAGUGCUUCACCCUGGCGACUCGGCAAUGGGUUACUUCCUCUCUGGCACCGUCUUUAACAACAUACACUUCGAGGAAGUUGAACGUCAUGAACCGAGUAGAAUACCGGAGGUUAUUCUUGUUAAGAAACACUACCCACGUCGCAAGAAGCAUAAGUCCAGAAACUGGAGGCUUAAGCGUAUGGCCAGGGAUGAAGGAGAAUUGUUGCCGAAGAAGGCUGAUCAAGAGAAGAUGGAGAGAGAGUUUGAAAUGUUUAUGCGAGAUGUAGAAGAGGAUGAAGAUUUGAGGCAGACAUUGGCGCUCUAUAAAUCGAAUAAACCGAGAGGAGCAGGCAAGAUGGAAGGCAUUGAGACAGCAGAGAGCGGUGCGAUGGAAGUGGAUGGCGAGACGAUCGACGGCGAGAACGAUAGCGUACCCGAUAUUGAUGUGGACGAAUUGCUGGAUGAUAUGGACAAUUUGACGGUGAAUGACGAGAAGUUGUAG